AAAUCGAAGACAAUCAGGUCAACGAGUUCGACAGACCUUGCAAAUAAGAUGACAAAACCUCUAGUAAGUCGUAGCGAGAGUGACGCAGUCUUUCACCAAGACUCUCACGAGGAGGAACCUGCCAUGGAUGAAAAUGCAGUGGUGGAAAAGAUUGCCAUAGGAACGGGGGAUCGGGCAGAUGAGGAGCUGAAUGAUGCUGAGUAUAUUCCACUGAAAAACGAAAACUUAAAUAAAUCAUCAAACAUGAGCAGCAGCCAAGAGAUUGCUAAUGGUGUUUCCCAACUGAGCCUCAGUGGCCAUGAACCAACAACUGAUAACCAGGACAAUAACCGAAGAUCAGCAACCAAUAAUAGUAAACAUGUCAGUGACGACCCAGUAAUGAGUGAAGAUGACUGGGAGCCGAACUCAACUGAUUGUAAUCGUAGUGUCGAUAGUUACAGAGCAUGCGGUAAUGAUGCUCAAACUGACAGUCAUGCAAUCUUUUCACGGGGAAUGCCUGUGCCACCUCUGGAUUUAGGAAGUUUGAUAAGCACUGGAUCAUCUGUCGAAUCCAUAAACGAGAUUACGCACCACGAGAUCGAUUUCUUGAGGAGUAAGGUGCGGAAGCUACAAGAAGAGAAUGAAAAGUUGACCAAUGUUGUUGCUUAUCAAGAAGAAAAAAUUCAAAUGCUAGAAAGCAAGGUACGUGAGUUUGAAGAAAACAAGAGAACUGUCCAAGAUGAUUGA